UGUUUUUACGAAUAAGCUAGUGUCAUACAAUUUCAAGCGAUAAUUGUUAUCAAUCAAACCAUAAUUAAAUUAACUUACUGAAUUUUAUUCAGAUUUUGAUUAGUUCUCAUUAUUCUCCAGAGAGAACCGUACCGUUGAAAACGUACGCAGUUUUUUUCUUCUUCUUUAAAAUGCAGUUCGUCCAUUUUAAAUGGAUAUUUUUGUUAAUGGGAGUAAUAGUGGCAGUGAAUGCCGGUGAAUAUCGAUACAAUACUACCUAUUUCGAAGUUCCAAUUGAUCAUUUUAGUUUUGCGAGCAAUAAAACAUUUCAGAUUCGAGUCUUGACCAAUGAUUCCUUUUCAAAAGGAGAUCGAAAUAGUCCGAUUUUUUUCUACACUGGAAAUGAGGGUGAUAUUGAACUAUUUACCAAAAACACUGGCUUUAUGUGGGAAAUCGCUCAAGAGUUUGGUGCAUCACUAGUAUUUGCCGAGCAUCGUUACUAUGGAAAAUCAUUGCCAUUUGGAAAUAAAUCGUUUGAGUCGCCAGAAUAUUCGGGAUAUCUGACCUCUGAACAAGCAUUAGCCGAUUAUGCUGCUUUGUUGGCAGAAAGUCUAAAUCCAAAACAACGACCGGUGAUUGCGUUCGGUGGUUCAUAUGGUGGUAUGCUUGCGGCUUGGUUUCGUAUGAAAUAUCCACAUCUUGUAACAGGCGCAAUAGCUGCAUCGGCUCCAAUUUUACAAUUUGUCACCGAUUGCAGUCGAUUCAAUUUAAUUCUUUCAAAUAUAUUCACCGUCGGCCAAGGCAAUUGUUCACAAAAUAUUAAACAAUCAUGGGCUAUAAUCAAAAAACUAUCGACCACACCCGAAGGACUCAAUACACUCAAAGCCAAGUUUAAACUCUGCGAUAAUAUCACGAAUAUUCAAGAAUUUAGCGGUUUCCUUAACGAUGUGUAUGCGAAUUUAGCUAUGGUUAAUUAUCCAUACAGCACCAACUUUUUGGCACCAUUGCCUCCGAAUCCGGUAACUGAAUUUUGUGCUCGCAUCAAUGCCUCUUACAACGAUGAUCAAAUACUUGAUGCUCUUAACAGUGCAUUACAAAUUUAUACGAAUUACACUGGGCAAAUCAAGUGCCUGAACAUCAAAUCGGCAUAUGAUGAGUCGAUGGGCAUACAAGCUUGGGGAUUUCAAUCAUGCACGGAAAUGGUGAUGCCAAUGUGUGACAAAGAUGAUAAGAGAAACAUGUUUCCGCCAAAUGAAUGGGAUUUCAAAAAAUACUCAGACGAUUGUUAUAAAAAAUUCAAUGUGCGACCGAAUAAGAAUAUGGCAACUACAAUUUAUGGCGCUUCAAAUUUGAAAUAUGCAUCGAAUAUUGUGUUUAGCAAUGGAUUGAUGGACCCUUGGAGCGGCGGUGGAGUGUUGCGAACACCAAAUAAUCAAGUAAAAAUCAUUAUUAUACCAGAUAGUGCCCAUCAUUUGGAUCUCAGGGGGUCCAAUCCAAGUGAUCCACCAUCGGUGAUUAAUGCACGCGAAAUAGAAAAACAAGAAAUUCGCAAAUGGCUUCAAAACGCCAACUAUGUAUAAUUUAUACACAGGAGAAUGGGAUUCAAUUUGAUUUUACUCGAAAUGGUAGUAACCAAAAAUAUAUUAUAAACAAUUUGUAUGUGAAUUGUUAUCGAUUUAUUGAAACUUAAAUACAAAAAAAAACCACAAUAAAUAAUAGCAUGGAAUUGAAUCUGA